AUGUGUCGUCUUCAGGGAGGUUACCCACGAGUCGUCCGGAUGCUCCUUCAAGCCGGGGCAAACGUCGCAGUGGAGGCAGCCACCAUGUACACGGCCCUCCACGGUUCUACCGUGACCGGAUGCCAAGUGGCUCAGAUGCUCAUCGACGCCGGGGCCAAUAAUGUGGAUGCCGGGAACGAGGAUGGCGUGACACCAUUGAUGUUUGCUUGCUGCGACGGACGGAAAAUUGGCCGUCGCGAAAGUGUUCAUCGCGGCGGGAGCAAAGGUUGACGCCCGUGCGGCCAACGACGAAACCGCGUUGUGUCGUGCUUCACAGGGGGGGCACGUGGACAUGGUCAAACUGCUCCUUGCUACUAAAGCAAACCCAACGCGAGGGUCGAUGAACACGAGGAUCGAUGGCCGUAAGUGGAUAUGCUUGCUGUUGGACGCUGCGUCGGAACGCGGACACGAGUCGAUGGUGCGAGAACUGCUUAAUCUCGGGCUGAAGGCAUGCGGCGGCCCUCGUGGCGGCAGGGAUGCGCUCUUUAUGGCCGCACAAGAU